GUGACUGUAGAAAUCCUUUAGAUAUAAAAAGGUAAAAUACAGAAGUUAUUUUCACCCAGAUCCCCCCAAAAAUCUUUCUUGCAAUCGAAGCACAUUUUUACUUCAUAAAGUACCUUGAAUAGAAAGUACCUGUAAAGAAUGCAGCAGUCUUCCCAGAGUUUUUCUCGCCGCUUCAAAAUUCUGGAGCUUAUUGUUUGCUUUGACAGCUGAUAAUCCGCUCGUGAUGAGUUCCUUUCCCCUCGUGAAUUCCUCGUUGUCGAAGUGAUGAGGGGCGCUGUAGAAAUACCACUUGUCUAUACCCACAUUUUUGUCCUGGAUAUACUCGAUGGUUUGACUGAAACUCUUGGAGGAUUUCGCAGCAUCACAGGCAAGAGCAACAGACUCAGCAGUGUAAGGCAGUGUCUAAACACACACACGCAAACGCACACACACACAUGCACACACACAAACACACUUUUAUUACCCUGUAAAUUAUUAAUUUUUAUUUGUUUAAUUUAGCUUGAUUCAACCCUUACAGGUAAUGUGAACUUUUUGCCCUCAGCCAGAGCCGCAUCACGGCAAACAUCCAGCGUGGUUUCAAGGAUGGCACGCUCAGUGAUCUCCUGAUGAUUUAGAGAGAUCCCAUCAAAGAUACCAAAACCAUGAGCCCCAAUCUGAAGGAGCACGAGACACAGCGCAGCAAACCAACCCAUCACUGCAGCACCUGUGUGAUAGACACGAGGGAGAGAGUACAAACUGAGUUUCAGGUCAAGUUCAUUUGUAUAGUUCCCAAACACAAUAUGCAAUCCGUGGUACUCCCAAAAGCUGUUCAGCCAGAAUGUAUUUGGACUACACUUUGUAGAUGUAAGUAGUGCUCAGGUGGACCUUUUGGCACGGAUUACCAUUAUUAUUAAUGUACUUCCUCCUCCUAAUGUCACAGUUUCUACCGUGACAGUCUCUUAACUUGAUCUGUCGGUGAAAAAUGAUCCACCUAUUCUUUAGAGCCUUACAUUUCUUUAAGGUAAUCAUUAAAUCUGUUAUGAUUAAAUCACUAGGACAACAACAACCACCAAACCUCCUAAACAAGUUUGCGUCCAUUGUUCAGAUUGACUUAUUCACAGUGGUGAAUUUUACUGAGGUUUUUUUUGGACUCAAUUUAACAACUUUACUUAAACCUGACUUUGCAUAUUCACGCAAAUGACACAAAAAUUUUUCCCAAGAAGUACUUAAGGAUGAUGUUAUAAGAAAGUUACCUGAUGUUACAUGAUUUUCACACUUUUAACUAGAAUAAAUUUAGCAAAAUGUAAGAUACAAAAACACACAAAUGUUCAUAUGCAGGGGAUCAAACAAAGCAGAGAAAGUCGUUUUGGUGUGGCUGAGUUGUUACAGAUAGUAUAUACAAAGAUAUAUAUAUAUAUCUUUAUAUAUACUGUAGCUCUGAUUAUUUAACAUCGUCUCUUCUAUUUCUGUGAUCAGAAUUAAAAGCUUGAGCUGAUUGAAUUACCGAGGGCUACCAUUUACAUACAUUCUGUGCUUUAACUAUUUGACUGAUGGUAUUAAUUGCAAAGAUCUAUGAUAAAUCGAUUAUGUUCUAAUUAAUUAGUUAAAGCAUUUUGGUAUCUGCACCUGCAUAAGCUUUUCAUUCUGAUAUCACAAAAAUCCAAGAUUUGGGUAAAACAAUCAUAAGAAUGCUAAUGCAGUGAAAAUAAGAGCUGGGCGCAUAUAAUAAUAUUCUAAAAAUCUAGACUCUGUUUAGUACAAACAUUUUAUUAAAAUCAACAAGGUGACAGAUGUCACUUUAUAUAUAUAUUUGUUUUAACAUCACUAAUAUUCGUUAGAUAUAUGAGUGUUACCUACCUUAUGUCUUGAAGUCGUCUUGGAGACUUUAUCUCUCAUGGAAACAAUGCCAUUUAUAAGAAUUCACAUCCGGGGUGGAGUCACUUGUUUGACUGGUUUUCUUUGUCGCACCAUUCAGGUUGGAUUUUCAUCAUACUUUCAUUCAUGGGAACUUGCAUUUGCUCCUAAAUUGAUUUCUUGUAAAUGGACACAGCUCAAACUGUUCUAUUGAUUUGAUUUGACUUGUCCUUUAUUUAGGCAGGAAGUCUAUGGUUUAAAUACAGCAUGAGCUCUUCAAGCAAAACUAGAAGAAUUGCUUCAUAGAAAACAUGCAAAACUGGUGCAAAGAAUUCUAUACCUCAAGGCCGGAGAUGUAGUGAAUUCACUAAUAUAGUCUGUUUUUAAGUUUAGAGUGAAGAUCACUUCAAUGUCAUCUCACUGAUCUGAUUGAGCUCUGUCAAAAGAAUUCAUAGAUCUGAACCUUUUCAAUAAAUGAUCAUUAUGCAUUAUAAAGCAAACUUUUCAUAGGACCUUGAGAGACACUUUUGUUCAAUUCACCGCUUCACUGAGGGUUAUACAGCAACAAAUUACACAAACCAUCAAAAAGAGAUGUGUGAUGGGAUCAUUUACAAACAUUUAUAAACAUAUAUUAACUUAUAUAAACUGUUAUAAGGCUAUGAUCUGAUGUCUAGCCUGAUUAAAAUUCCCAGUUUGAUUAAAAAGAGUUAUUUUUAGCAGUGCUACCUGAUUUUAAAUGGAGUUAUUCUAUUUAUAUCUCGUGUUGUUUCUACCAUCCUUGAUUCUACCUCUGUGUGAAAUGUUCUUUAUAAAUAAAACUGUUGUGAGAACAUCACUGUUGGAUAAAACAGUUAAAGUGAUCAGAACCGAAGCUGUUUUCCUGGUAAAGGUUGUGACCUCAGUGUGUCGGUACCACGUGAUGAGUCAGCGAACACCGGACCUAAAAACAUUCACUAAGUGAGUGUUGUUGGAAUUCAGUCCGACCAUGGCAGAGAAAACUGUUUUCACAAAAGAAGAACAUAUCUGUUGUCUCUGUGUUCAUCCGUUUUCAAUCAUCUUGAUGACAUGCUACCUGAGGAACUUGGCUGGUGAUGGUAUGUGCUUUGUAAAUAGUUGCUGUUGCAUUGUUUCACCAUUCAGGACCUGAUAAGGAAGUUAGUGCACGAAGUUGGUCAAACAUGCUCAUGCAAAGAGGUCAACUAAUUAAGUUCUCCUCCCUUCAUGAAUGAACUCAGAACAGUACAGGGAUCCCUUGACGUUGACAUUGGAUCACGUCUAAAAUUCUCAUUUAUUCAAUCUAAUUUAAAAAUCCUCUCUGGGUUUAUCCCCUUUAUAACGUUUAAAUAGAGUUAGAGUAGAACUCAGUCAGUUUCCUGCUGUAUCAAUAAUCCCAAAAAUUUAUUUUCAAGUAACAAGCGGGGGAAAGAAUACAAAAGAAAUGACAACAGAGAAAGUUAAAGAGGAGAAUCAUACUAAAGUUAAUGGGAAACAAGUCUUCAGUGAACCUAUCAGGUCAGACCUUCACUCUGGUGCGUGAAGCAACAGUUUGUAAACGAUCGGGGUCAAAGGUCAGUGAGGGAUUCACAGCCGAACGUCCCAGAGAAAACCACUGGAUUACUUUAUGUAAAGAUGGAACCGUUUGUAUGGGACUGUCUGUGCUGUUUGCUUCCUUCCCUCUUCCUGUUCCUGCUGAGUCUCGUCCUCCGCUGGCUCAGAGCACGUUGUCGGACAGGACGGGCGUCCAUGACAGAAGAAGAACCCGAGCUCAUCUGCAAAACAUCCGCGCUGGCAAAAUAUCUGCUGCGCCACUGUGGCUCUCUGGUCAGGCCGAGGCCGGCUGCCUGGCCCAGGGGAGACCCCCACCUCCAGACCCUGUCCGCUCUGCUGUGUGGACCUGCAGGAGACACAGUAGAGUUCACCAGGGACAGUCUGCUGCUGAGAGACGGGGGGAUUGUAGCGGUGGACUGGGCUCUGGAGAGCGGAUUGGGUGAGAGGAUUGGGAGGGGGAGGUGGGAGGGGAGGAAGGAGCAUCAGUCGGGGGGGAAGGCGCUGGGUUGUUUCACCUCAACGCCUCCUGUCCUUGUCCUCAUCCCUCAUUCAUGGGGAGGGGCGAGCCCUCACUUGAAGGCCCUGUGCCAUCAGGCCAUACGUCAGGGCUUCUACGUGGUGGUGUUCCAUCCCCGGGCCACAGCAGGGUGCCCGCUGACCACAGCACGACUCACCGAGUUCGGAGACCCGGCUGAUCUUGAGCAGGCAGUGACCUACAUUCACAGCCGCCACCCGUCCUCCGAGCUGGUGGCGGUGAGUGAGGGUUCAGGUUCAGGGAUCCUUCUCUCCUACCUGGGGGAAUGUGGAUCCAGCACAUACCUGACUGCAGCUGCUGCCCUCUCACCUGUGCUCCUGGGCCAGCUGUGGUUCCAAACGGCCAUGCCUGCCAUUUAUCGCUGGGGUGCACUGUUUCACCGGAAACUGCAGCUGAGGAGAUAUGCAAACUCCUUCAGAGGAGUUGUGGAUGUGGACCGGGCCCUCAGCUCUUCCUCCCUGAGAGACUUUGAAGAAGCUCUUUUCUGCUCUUCGGCCCGACGUCCAGAGAAACCUCCACUAAACUCUCUUAACAACUCUGGAGUGAAGCCAAGACCUCACACUGAGAGGGAGGUGGCUCCCUCGGUGGCCUGGGCACUGGGGGAAAGGGCUCAGCCAGCUGAGGACUGGGACAGCUACUGGGAGAGGAACGAACCCCUGAGAGAUGCAGAUGAAGUGGCCGUCCCCGUGCUUUGCAUCUGCAGCCGUGACGACCCUCUCCUCCCUCCUGCCUCCACUCUACCCAUCACCCUCUUCCAGAACAAUCCCCACUUCUUUCUGGUGUUGACGGACAAAGGAGGGCACUGUGGAUUCACCCGAGACCCACAGGAGAUGGAGGAAGGGAAGGAUGAAAAUAAGGAGGUGGAGGAAGCUAGCUGGAGUCACAUCGCAGUUCUGGAUUACUUCAGAGUGGUGGCUGAUUUCCUGAGAGGGGAGAGGAGGGAUGGGACAAGCUGGGGGGGUCCACUGGGGGGAAACAUCCAGGCUGGGCAGAGGAACAGGGGCAGCACCAUGGGCCCUCUCCGCAGGAGGAGAGCCACCGUGAUGAGGAGGCCGAGACCUCAGGCACCAGAACAAAGCAGCGUGGAUGAAGAAGGAGAGACCUUCACCUGGAAGAGGUCCUAUACACGCUGAGGAUGAAGAUGGCAGAGGACCAGAAGAUUCUAUGAUUUUUGGACUUUGUCAAUCAAACGUCUGGAAGAUAAAAGCAGCCAAGUAAUGGACAGCUGUUGGAAACGAUAUUUUAGUUCAGGGAACAAAAAACUCGUGUUUUUUCAACAAUUAUUCUUGUUGAUCAUGUGGAUAAUGGGUUAAGACAAACUAAGAUCGCUCAUGAUAGAAUACAUGGUCCAGGAAAAAGAUAUCACAAUGCAGCGAUUCAAUACUAAUCAUGCAAGACAAUCGUAUGUUUUACCACAAACUAAACAAAAUGCCCCUAAAUAGUUGAAGUGCAGGAUUCAUUCUGUGAUCUGCUGUCAGUUCCAGAGUUUGACACAAACUGAGAUCACACAAUGGAUAAAAAAAUGUCAUAAAGUUGAAUCUUCUAAUGUGUCUUUGGUCUUUAACAAACACAAUGUAACUUGUCACAUGUGUCAUUAUUCAAAUGUAAAAUGACCACAAACUAGAGAUAUAAAUAAAUAUUGAUAAUAUGAGUAAGGACGAUAAUAUGUUGCAGAAACUACUUUGUCCCACUCCUCCACUUUAUAUGUAUUAAAACAUGAUGAAUCUACGUUCAGAGCCACUUUCAGAAAAAUAAAGUCAAUAAAGAGAAAGUUUUUUAAAGCUUUAAA